UCAGAGAAAGCAUCUCACAGCCCCUACACACACCAUGCACCGUGAUGCUAUUGGGAUCUUGCUCCUCCUUGUUGGUCAGACGCUGCAACAGAGCGGCGAUUCGCCCUACGAGGAUGAAGAAGUUGAAGCAGAAACCAAUGUCGACUUCAGCUGUUUCACUAAACUUUAUAUAAGCAAGUCAAGUUUCCUUAUCUGCAAUCUGACCACCCAAAAGUCUCACAAUUCUUGGCAAUAUCAGUUCAGAGUCUGUCAGGUGUUUGAUUGUGCCAAUAAAACAGAGUGUAACAACACAAAGAAAGAAAAGGGGAGAUAUUCUGUACUAAGUCCCCAGGAAAUAUAUAAUGUCUGCCUGAAGAAAGCAGGAAUGAAUGACAGCUGCAGAUGUUUCCAGGCAAAAGACAUAGUUCAGCCGGAUGUUCCAACAAACCUCAAGGUCAUUUAUGACAAGCCUGAAAGAGAAUACAGAAUUUCAUAUGAGUACGAAAACCCAGAGUACCUAGAGAAUAAUGUAAUAUUCCAGAUAAGCCUACACAAGGAAAAUGAGGACUGGCCAGAAUGUGAUACUUCUCCAAGUGCAAUAAACACAAAUACAGGACUAAAGUGUACAAAAACUGCUCAAAAUGCAUUAAAUAUUCCAGAGGGAAAGCUCGAGCCCUCUGCAACCUAUGAGGCGAGAGUCCGAGUGCAGCCUUAUGGGGAUUAUUUUAGCGGCCCCUGGAGUUCAUGGAGUGGAACUGCCCGUCUUAAUACCACCUUCAUAAACAGCCCAGAUACAGGUGAAAACACACUGGUGAUUACAUUGGCUAUCAUUAGUUUCAUUCUGUGCUUAGCUGGGAUCUUUAUCAUUACCCUGUGCUGGAAAAGCAGAAUAAAACCUAUUGUGUGGCCAGAGAUUCCAAACCACAAAAACACACUGGAAAAGUUAUGUAAGAAGCCACAAGAGCUCCAUCACAUCAGUUUUAACCCAAGCCUUUUUGAAGAUAUUCUUAUUAAUAAAGUUGAUGACAUCAAGGCAAAGGAACACAAGGAAGACUGUUUCAGUGUUUCGCAUGAAGUAAAUAACAAAACUUGUGCAAAACAAGGUGGUUCUGGGGAAGAAAAUCAUAUUCUUUUGGAUGAACAUGGCCGAUUGCCGUGCGUGGAUAUUGAAGCAUUAUCUCACUUUGAGAACCAGAGUUUUCUACCCAACAGCCUAGUCAAUGGGAUGCAUAUCAGUUGUUUGCAAAGCAUCCCUAUAGUAACCCAGAAUGUUCCAUCUCAUUCAUGUGGGGGCUCCUCUGUCAACAAGAAUGAACCAAGUAACCCAUCCACCAUAUUUUCCUUUGGCUUACCACAUUAUUCAAAUGAAGAAAAGCCGACAAUGAUCACAAUAAAACCAUUACGUCAUGAAGAAGCCUACAUUUCAAUGGCAGCCUUCAAAACGCCUGGUAGUACUGUAAACUAGACCCCACUAUUGUAUACUCUUAAUCAGUACCCAGCAGGCCUUGUGACAGGGAUCCUUGUAGUGAUGUCACUGGAUCUAUAAUGUCACAAGAAAAGGAAAAAAAGUGGAAAUGGUUUGCAACAAGGUGUUAGAAUGGUUUGUCAGCUCAGGUUAUGAACACGCACAAUCUGUGAGGCAAACAGCAGAAUUUAUGGUAUCACCUCACAUUAAUUUUUUUUUUCCCACACCAUAAAUCUUAGAGACAAGUCAUCGAAGAGUUUGUGACUAUAUACAGACCGGAAGACAACAAGUCAAUGUCUCUAUUAAAGGCCAAAGAUUUGUAAGGUAACCAUAGAUACUUAUUGAUCUUCAGUAAGGGUUACUAUCCUAUACAAUGUAUGAGUAUAAUGUAAUAUCCUAUAUAAUGUAUGAGGAGUAAUCCUAGGUCAGUUAUAUUCACUGUAACAGACAGGGGAAUUUCACAAAAUAAGUGGUAUCCUUCUGACUAGGAACGCCUUGUAUCCAAUUAGCAACAAGCUCUGAUCGGUCAACUGUGUAUAAAAUAAUGAAAGCGAAAUUCUGAUUGGCUGCUAUGGGUUACUAAAACCAAAGAAUGUUUACAUCUUUUUGAAAAUUGCUCUGUGUUAGAAUUUCAUGCUAUAGAAGCCUGCUGCAUUUAUAGAGAUCCAAUGACUCAUUUCAUUUUAGCUAAGCAACAUUAAGAGCCUGAUUUAUUAAUGCUCCAGCCUCCAGGCUCAAGCAUUGUGUUCCUAAACUCACACGUGGUUUCUGCAACCUAAUAUCUUAGCUUGUUACCGAUUGGUUUUUUCCCCGUCAAAAAAAAUAAAAAGUUCUGCAGGUUUUAGGUUUAGAUUUUUUUUCAACUUCGGUGAUA